AUGCUUUUAGAACAAAACAACAAUACUUCUACACAUAAUGAAGAGGUUAUUGAAGUUAAUACACAUAAUGAAGAGGUCUUUGAAACUAGUACAUGUAAUGAAGAUAACAUCCAAACAACAACACGUGACAAAGAGCUAUUCCAGGAAUCUGCAGCCUUUUGCCAACAAUAUCAAGACUUUAAAAAAAAAAUUGGAUUAUACAGCAAAGAAAAAUUAGCUAAUAUCAGGCCAGAACAAGAACCCCAUACAGGUAGUUCUGCUAACAAAGAAGAAAACCUAUACUUGCAAGAUGAUGCAUCUAUCACAGAUG